AUGAAAUAUCAACAAAUUGACCUUCCCGUUAUUGACCUUUCCCCUCUCGAGGAUAAUUUAACAAACUCUUCUCCUGAGGUCUUGGACCAAAUCUCCAAAGAUAUUAAAUUAGCUUGCACGAAAUAUGGUGCAUUCUACAUCACCUCUUCUUCUUUUAAGCUAGAGGAUCAAAAACUCAUAUUAGAGUCAUCCCGCAAAUUCUUUGAUUUAUCAGAGUCCAUCAAGAAAAAAAUUCCCAUAAAAUCCGGAGGCUUCACGCGUGGAUAUGUUGGGAUUGGAUCGGAAUCUGGAUCCCAUCGUGUUGAGAUCAAGGAAGCGUUUUCAUAUGGAUAUGAAUGGAAGGAAGGAGAAAAACCAACUAACCCUAUGCAGGGACAAAAUGAAUGGGGGAAUUUGGAACAAAUAUUAGGUGAAGAAUGGUGUGAAUCUUUAAGGCGAUAUUAUAACCAGAUGGUCCACUUAACUGAAUUGGUGGUAAACAGUCUAGAAGUUGCGUUAGGGAUGGAAUUGAAAGGUUAUUGCAAAGGAGGAGAAACUAUUUCCGUUUUGAGAUUGUUCAAAUAUUUUCCCUAUGAGAAUAAGGAAAAAGAAGAAAGUACGAGCGAGAAAAUUGGAUGUUCGCCGCAUACAGUUCUUCAACCGGAAGAUACACAGGGACUUCAAAUGUUUUACGAUAACCAAUGGUGGGAUAUUCCCAGCAAACCCGUUUCAUUUGUUGUUAAUUGUGGUGACUAUCUUUCCCUUCUCACGCGUGGAGCUUAUGUAUACGAUUGCAAAUUCCCAGAGUUUAAUCAAGAUGACGACAAUAAAGCACUUCGCUCAAAAGAAUUAAGUCUAUUUCAGGAUCAGAGAGCUGAUUCUAACAACGGAAACGAGAAUAAGCUGGAUUUAUCCGAAAAGUGUUUUGGAGAGGCCACAAUAAUAGGAGACAACAACCCCGGGCCGAUGUUUGCGCUCCUGAAGUAA